ACACGGGUGUUUCGACCAAAAUAAGCAACGGUCACACUUGGUCACGUCGCUCACGUUUUCUAUUUACGCAUAUACGAAUAAAAAACGCAUUGGAGUGCUGUAAAACAUAUAUGUUGUAUGCUCAUGUGCAACGGAUCUCGCAGCGAGUACAUUUAAGAGCGCGUCCACAAGGAGGCCAAGGCCAAAAAGGUGCUCGCCAUGGUGAAAAAGCGUCAGGCGGACAGUCACGACCACGAGAGCUCAACGGAUUCCGGCGAUGAGGAGCUGCACCAUCGGAACGCACUCGGCUCCGCCGGACAGGUGGAUGGCGCCACGCCCACCACCGCCAGCUGUCAGCACAUCAAAAAGGCGGUGGAUGCUGCCCGUCUAAGGCGUCUACUGAAGUCCACGGGGCUGCUCUACGAGUGCAGUCAGUGCCAGAAGCUGGGCAAGACAGUGGGCAGCGGAGCGGGAUCGGAAUCGGGAGAAGGAGCUGGCGGUUCAGGCGGAGAUCCCGCAGACUUCGAGUUCGACAGCACCCUGUGGCUGUGCCUCAAGUGCGGCAGCCAGCUGUGCGGGAGGGCACGCCACAAGCACGCCUUAGAACAUUACCAGACACCUCAUUCGGACUCGCAUGCCCUCGCCAUGAAUACGCGCUCCUUCGACAUUUGGUGUUAUGAGUGCGACAUGAAGAUCUGCUCCAAUCUGCGCAAGAACCUGCUGGAGUGCGUGGAGCUGGUCAAGAAGUUGGCCCAGAAGCCGCCCACUGCCACGGUCACGCCCAGUCCGCCCACGAUUAGCUACAUCGAGCAGAAGAUUAAAUCCACGCUGGAGCACCUCACACCGAUCGUGCCAAUGACUGGCGGAUCAUUUGACGACUCCGGCGGAGGAGGGGCUCUGGCGAUGGGCGCCGGCGGAGGAUCUCGAAGCAGCCAGGUGGCCAUACCGAUGCCACCACCACCGCCUAGUUCCGGGCAAUCGCCCUCAGACUCGCUGACGAGUGUGCCGGGCAUGGCAAAGAGAAUUGGUCAGUACUCGGCCACCACCAAUGGCGACACUGGGGACAGGCGAGUCUUGACCCUGGAAACGCCGCGUAUCGAAAUGGACCGGCUGCCGCGCGUGCGAGGAUUGACCAACCUGGGCAAUACUUGCUUCUUUAAUGCGGUGAUGCAGUGCCUCGCCCAGACGCCGUUCCUACUUAGCGUGCUAAGAGAACUGGCGGAGCCCGGGGAAGAAUUUGUCUUACCUGGAGGAACCUUCAACAUAAAGGACAAAGGAGACAUUGAGCUGCCCAUGAUCAAGGGUACCCUCUCCUCUUGGGGCGGACUCACCGCCGCGUUAGCUAAUGCCCUUGAGGAACUGCAGGCGGGCGGUUGUGUAUUUACGCCCAGCAAACUCUUCGACAGGUUGUGCAUGAAAUGUCCACAGUUUACGGGCGGCGAUCAGCAUGAUGCUCACGAACUGCUGCGCCAGCUGCUGGAGAGCGUGCGGAACGAGGAUCUAAAGCGCUACCAGCGUGUGAUUCUGCAGAACCUUGGCUACAAGGAUCAAGAUGUCAAUAGUGUGUCAGAGGAGAUGCGACAGAAGUGCAAGAUCUAUGGCAACCAAGCAGGAGACCGCAUCCUGCGCCCGGAGCAGGUAUUCCGUGGCUUCCUCGUGUCAACGCUCACCUGCCAGGACUGUCACAGCGUUUCCUCGCGGCACGAGUACUUUCUGGACAUGUCGCUGCCCGUGGCCGUAGAGAAGCCACAGCCGCCGCAGCGCCGAAAGCCAAGUCCUGAGCUCAGUCCAGCGCCCGGCAGCUCCAGCGUCACCCAGACCUCCAGUCAGCCGACGAUAAACACCAAGUUUACGGAUGGAAGCGUCAACUUUACAGCCUCAUCUACGUCCUUCUUCCUGCACGCUGGCGAGGAGGGAUCCCUGGGCCCAUCCAAAUCGCAGGUGAAGAAGGAGAAGGAGCGCGAGCGUAAAGCAAAGCGGGCGGCCAAGCACCAGCGCCACAAGCAGGCCCAGAAGUUAAGCCAUAAGCUGAACGGGAAUGACAGCGGAAAUGGAAAUGAAUUGGCCGAGUCCGGAGAACCAAACGCUGCUCCACUGGCUUCCCUCGGUGCCGGCGAUGGCCAAGCUAACGAUGGCCCCGAACAGCCCAAGGUCCAGACCGAGGACUCCACCUCGUCCAGCGUGACUACUUCGGAGCACUCCGAUGCCGAUGUUGAGGACAAUCUGGUUGAGGACACAGCCCCGCCGUCCGCUACCAAUGUGUCGAGCAGUUCGGCAUCUUUGACAGCUCCCUCCAAGUUCUACACGGACAGCAAUGGAAAUGCCCAGCAGCUGGGCGAGAAGCGCGACGACACGCCGGAGCACAUGGACAAGGAUUCGCUCGAAGAGGACGAGAAUGACUCGGGAAUCGCCACCAGUCCAGCACCCACAGCAACCAACAGCAGCACCAGCACGAAUGCCACAGGUAACAACAACUCUGGUUCCGGAUCUGGCGUCCUGGAGGAUGCCUCCGCGCCAGCGAGCCUGGUCAGUGCUGGACUUUCAGAGAAAGGCGCCUCGCUGAUCCGCCAGAUCUCAGUGGAAGCUGAGCAGGGUGCAUCCAAUGGCACAGCUGGCGAAGCUAGAGAAGCCAAGGCGAUAGCGCAGCCAGCGAAGACUGCUAACCAGGCCCAGGCACAGGCACAGGUCCAGGCCCAGAGCCAGGCCCAAGCCUUGGCGCAAGCCCAGGCCCGUGCGAAGCGAGUGCGCACGCAGAGCUACUCGGACUGGAGCACCACGAUAGCGCCGCGUUACCAGUGCGAGGAUGGAGAGUGCUCGGUGCAGUCCUGCCUGAACAAUUUCACCGCUGUCGAACUGAUGACGGGGCAGAACAAGGUGGGAUGCGACAGCUGCACGCAGCGCAUUAACGGCAGCGAUCCGAAGGCCAAGUCGGUAAACACCAAUGCAACGAAGCAGCUGUUGGUCUCCAGUCCGCCAGCGGUGCUCAUUCUGCACCUGAAACGCUUCCAGCUGGGGCCGCGCUGCGUCUUCCGCAAGCUGACGCGCCCGGUUAGCUAUCCCAAUUUGCUGGACAUUGCCGCCUUCUGUGGCUCCAAGGUGAAGAAUUUGCCUAACAUUGAUCGCAAGCAGAAGAAGCUGUUGUACGCGCUGUACGGCGUGGUGGAGCACUCGGGUGGCAUGUAUGGUGGCCACUACACGGCGUAUGUGAAGGUGCGGCCAAAGGUGACGCCGGACGACAAACGCUGGAAGUUCCUGCCGCACGGCAGUAAAGCGGAACUGGACCAGGACGAUGAUCAGCUGAAGAAACUGGAGGAGCUGCUUGCCAAGGAGAAGGCGCGUGAACUGCACCUGAAGGCGAUGGACGACAGCGAUGACUUCAGCAACUCCAGCAGCAACUCGUCCACCUCCGACGAGAGCCAUGCCCCAGCCACGCCGCUCGAGGAGCAGCUGCCGCAGCAGUCGCAGCAGCAGCAGCAGGAGGAGGCCGCUAACGUGCAUGCGCCGCCUGGCAAAUGGUAUUACGUGUCCGACUCGCGUGUUCAGGAGGUCAGCGAGGAUACGGCUCUGAAGGCCCAGGCCUAUCUGCUCUUCUACGAACGCAUAUACUAGGGACUAGGUCAUGCUAUAAGCGGGACUGAGGAUGCGAGGCAAAGAAGAUGAACCAUUGGAAUCCUAGAUUUGAGACAGAGACGGAUAUAGAGAUAGAGACAGAGACAGACAGAGUGCCGGAGAAAGAGAAGGCAGAUACUCACACAUGCCAAAUGCAUUUGGUUUCUCCCACUCAAAAUUAGUUGUACACUUUCGUUAUUUUUUUUUUGGAACAAGCUUUAGUUAGUUAAACAAAACGACGGAAGAAACGCACGCACUCAUUUUAAAUUGUAGUUCUCAGGAGUUUGGCUUUUGUGUUCUCGUUUUACAUGUACUUGUUCUUUAGUAGUUAACGAAAAGACACUGAAGGGAAAUUAUCAUGUUUUACUAGCUGUAAGUUUUUUUGGUACCAACAUUGCCCAUAACUACGACAGAAUGUUACUUAAAACUACCCACAUCAGAAACAUGGGGGAAAAUUCGCUGAAAGGCCCGAAAGGAAAUCAACACGGAAUGGAUAACUAAAAACGCAAAAGCACGAAGAAGAAGAAGAAAACGUGAGGGGAAAACCAAGAGAGAAACUAUUUGCUGAUGUUCAUAAGUUAUUAUAACGAAUACGAAUGAAAUAAAAAACCAAUUGCUCGCUUCUGCCAAUAUAUUUAACUUUGCAGUAACUUAACUUAUGUACACAUACUAUAUAUAUAUUUAAUAUAUAUACACUAUAUAACGGGCCCAUAUACAUACCGCCCACGUAGAUAUUUACAAGUUCAGUCAAGGAGUAAAUGUUUUGGACCUACGUAGCGAAAGAAUUGGCAAGAGGAGAGAGAUUUAUACAAUAGCGAAAAAUAAAUAAUUAUACACACACAGUUUAUCUUGUGACCUAGGCUUAACUAUCGAUUUAAUUAUGAUAACUAACCAACCAUGGACUCUAUGUAUAUUAAAGAGAGAAACGAUUUAUGAACGCAAA